AUGGCAGAGAAUGACGGUGACAGUUGCAGUGUUGAAGACGAAGAACACACCAAUAACAACAACAAUGGUUGUGAUAAGGAAGAGGAAGAACUCUCAGUUCCCAGAGGUGGGCCCAUCUUCGUUCCCAAUCUGGUGGGCUCCCUCACCAGUGUCCCUUUGUUCCAGUCUUCUAUUGUCCAAGAACUUCAGGAUUUAGAAUUUGAAGUAUCUUCAAGUUCAUCCCAAGUCUUAGACGAAGAUAUUUCGGUGGAUGAGCUCAAAAUCUUGACUGAGGAAGAGUUGGUGGAUAUGGCUAUCAAGGAAGCAUUUAAGGACAAUGAAGAUUCCCCCAAUCUUUCACCUAUUCCAGGAGAGCCUUCCGAUGAAGGUAGAUCAAAGGAUCACGAGGCAUCAAAUGACGAAGCUUGUAAAAAGAAAUCAAGGAAGAGAAAACGAACGAAGGCAAAGAAUCAUGAUCUAGAGGAAACUUAUAUUGCAAAGGUGGAGCAUGUUAAAAGAAUCAAAGAGAAGCAAGAUGAAGACAAAGCUGCUGUGACACUGCAUUCGUUCAACCCUAGUUCAAAGGUCAAUGAUUGUGCCAUUACAUCCUCAAGGACAAUUGAUAGGAUGAAACCCCUCAGAUCUGCAAGUUCAGCAGUGAAGGUAAAGUCAUCCAGCAUUCAGGGCUACGUACCUGUGCACUAUCCAGAAGUUGCUCUUUCCAUUGAGGUUUACCAUAAUGCACGAAAAUGGGUGAAGAACCAAGAGUUCUUGGUCCUUGGACAACAAACCUUGACUGAACUGAGGGAUAAGAUCUACUGCUUAACGGACCAUGUGAUGCAAAAGGCUAAGCAGCAUGACCCUUCAGGAUAUUUCCUUAUAGAAGAUACAUUGUGCAACGAUUUGAGGGAUCCCUCUGCUGUAGAUUAUAGUGAACCUAUAUUUGAUUGGCUUAGAAAUUCUAAAGAUGAAGCUCUUAAAAAAUGGGAAUGGAUUGCAGCUGGAGGAUUGCAAACGAAGCAAAAAGCAGUUGUGGGCGAUGUUACGGGCUCACAAUUGCCUCAUUUCAGAGCCGUUGACAUGCACAAGACGCAGUUUUGUGACUUGAAAUUUCGACUUGGUGCUGGAUAUCUAUAUUGUCACCAGGGAGACUGCAGACAUACAAUUGUAGUUAGAGACAUGAGAUUGAUUCAUCCACAGGAUGUACAAAACAGGGCAGCCUAUCCGAUAGUCUUAUUUCAACUGAAGCCACAUAUACGAAAAUGUUAUGUUUGUAAAAUAUUUAGAGCAACACAGGUGACUAUAGAUGACAAGUGGGCUCAGGAGAACCCCUGCUACUUCUGUGACAACUGCUAUUACCUUCUUCACUACAAGGACGGUUGUUUGCUGUAUGAUGACUUUUCUGUACAUGAGUAUCGACAUGAUUAA